ACAUAAAGCAAUAGUCUUAGGCAGUUAAAGAAAUUUGUGUUUAAAUGAUCUUCAUGUUUGUGUAAAACUUAUAAGAUGCGUGUCAAAGUGUGUUAGUUUAGCCAGUUCAAAACCUAAAAGUAACCCCAUUAUUUGCAGUAACAAUUAAAUAUAUAGGUGUAUUUGUUGACUCGACCACUAGCAAUCAAUACCCCAUUUAUUUAUCAAAGUAAUAUAUUCACGUUAAUUAACGAAUUGAGCUGGUGGUGAAGUGUAACAAAUACAUGGAAUGGCUGAGGGGCCCCUGAGGAGGGGUUUGGGAACUGAAGCGGUGUUCAUCUAGCCAUCCAGCGAGAUAUCAGUAACUUUCUAGAGAACACAAGAAAUUCUUUUUUUGUGUGCGUUUUAUUGUUCAUUUGAAUACAUUUAAAUAUUUGUUUUUUACUGAUCAAAUAUACAUUCACUCCCCAGAUAAACAUCUAUAAUCAUUUUCUUUGACUGCCUAAGACUUCUGCUCAGUACUGUAAUUCAAAAAUCUUUUGUAUGUUAAACUGUCUGAGCAAAACCAGAGAAUAAGAAUGUAUUAACAUGCAAAUAAACCGAAGUGGUUUAUGCGUGUAAUUCCCUUGAUCAUAUUCCAGAUAUUACGUUCACAGGGAAUGGAUCAGUUUGUGUCAGGGUCAGCCGCCCGGAAAUACAAGUUGGCGCGGGAUUACUGCAAAAAAGAGCAGAUCCUGAUAAAGAGCAGUGCAAUGUUUAUCGGAGAAUCCCUGAAAUUCAUUCAAUCAAUGGUGAGAAAAGAAAAGCUCAGCCAAGAGAGGGGACAUCGCUACAUGAAAGAGAUUCUACACUGCAUCUUCUUCCAUUGCCACAUUUACAGACCUCCAAUACAUGACAAACAAAGCAUUUAUCCAAAAGAAAUUCAAAGCAAACUGCUCAUUCAUCCAGUAAAUGUUCUACGUGAAGACCUUCACUCAAAACUGUCUAAAAAGUUUCCAGAUGUGUUCCAAUCGUACACGUCCCAGUUGCCCCGUAGAUCUCCUUUCUCAAUACUGUUGGAAGUGGUUGUUGAAACAACGGCGGAACGAAGUGAAACUGCCAUUCUGCGAGAGCUGGCGCGACUCAAUGAUCAAAUGAUCAUUAAAAUAAGUGACCGUAAAUCCUCUGCAAAUGACUUUUGUUUUGCGGCGGCUGUCGUGAGCUGCUCCGGUUUUGAGAGAAGUGAUCUGGUAACCCAGGAAUACUUUGGCGCUUCCAUGAGUUGCAAAGGGCCGAUAACAACAAUGAUUUUCAUUUCUGUGGCUUGCAUUGAGACCUGGAAUGACAACGUGGCCCAUGGUGUGUGUUUGGCUGCCAAUGGUCAUAGGUCAAUCACGCUGCCAGAUACAGUGUGGUCUAGAGCUCAUCGUCUGCGCUCUCCACGGGAGGGAGGGAAUAACAGUCAUACAUACAAAGCCCGGUCACCAUGUCUUUGGUGCAAAAACACAUUUCCAAAUGUUACAUUUUCACCAAUAGACACAGCCCAAAAUGAGCCAACAUGGCAAUGUGGCAAUUGUGCUGAAUGUGAGGCCAUCAGUAAUCUUCUGAAUGGAGAGACCAGUGUUAGUGAGGAAACACAGCAGCUGAAUACCGGCUUAGAGCCUAGUCUAAUGACAUUGCGUGAAGAACGAGAACGUAAACUGACUGAGCAUCUGGAAGAACUCAACUUUAACUUAAACCCAGCGACCAGAUUUUAUAAUCCAUAAUAGCACAACAGUGCUACACUGUAACUCCCCAAUCUCUUAGUAAGUCACUGAUGGAUUUUAAACUAUUAAUAAUCGUCAUUUUGAUUUCAAGUGCUGUUUUGGGUUGUUUUUUUUUUUCUAUAGACCAACUACGUACAUAAAAAAAAUCAAACAAUACAAUGCAGAUACCUGCAGAUGGUGUAUGCCUUCUAGUGUUCUUAAAAUGUAAAAUCAAAUAUCAAUUUAUGUAUAAGCAUACUGUUGUGUUACUUGGUGAUAUUUGUAUUUGCAUUCAUCUGUCUUUUGCUAAUGAUUAAGAAUUAAUGUAUAUUUGUGAUAUUGUUUUAUAUUUGAGGAAAUUUAUGGAUAAUUAUCCAAACCUUGUUUGAUAUGUGUAAUGUGGCUGAGUAUGUAGCAUUAAGCGACUGUUACACUGUUAAGGGUUUAUUUGACAUUGAGAUAAUUUGCGUAUUUACAGUUUCACAAGAAAGUGCUAGGAACAAUGUAAGAAAGCUUUGAUGAAGACUAACAAGUAAAACAGCCCUCAACUUUG